AUGAAAAUCGACACAGAAUCGAGCAAAUUUCAACGUUCCGACAUGAAACCGAAAAAGAAGUUGGUGCUACGGAUUUAUGGCUUCUCUCCAAGCGUCAAUUUUGGAGAUUUCAGGACAUUUCUCGAGAAUUACGGACCAAUAAGGUUCUUGAAGUCGGCGAAAGGACGGGAAUCCGUUACUGUUCAGUUUGAGAAGUACGAUCAUGGAUUGAGAUUGUUGAAUUACAAGACUUUGCGGUUUGGGAAUGUGAGUUUGGACUUGGCUUUGAUAGAAAAAAUUAGAUUUUUGGCUUGAUUUUGAGGAAAAACUUGAAAAGAUGGGUUUCUGAUGGGAUGAAUAAGAUAAUAUGAGUUGUUCUAAAGCUGUUUUUGUGAUUUUUAUCAAGUUUUUGAUUUCAGGAUAAUCUAACGAUUCAUGAGAGUGAUUACAAGUUUGAAGUUUCUAAAAGACAAGUGAUUAAACGGAUAAUCAAUGAGUUUGACAAGCAUGAAGUACCAUUGUCCUUUUCUGGUGAAGCCAAGAUGAUCAGAGACACAGUUGAACUAAAGCCAGAGAAUGUAAGCUAUCCACAUUCAUUCUUUGAUAUUUUAUGUUUAGGUUAUGAAAAGAUUGGAGUUUGUGGCACGACUUAACGCCUUUGUUCGACAGUUCUUUGAUGAGAGCCUGAAUAUUGAGGUAAAGGCAUUUGGAUCAACUUUGACUGGUUUCGGCCUUCUGGAUGCGGAUUUGGUAUGUUUAUAGAUAUUUUAUGAUUGUUUUUGUCUUUAGGACCUGACGUUUUUGUUUGAACGAAACACUCCAUUCCAAGCGGUCGAUGUGAGCCAUCUGAAGCUGAAGGAUGAUCCACUUGAGGUGUUCAAGAAGAAAAGGAUUGAGAAUAUGGAAUGGAGAUGUGUUUCUAUUGCUUGUAGGUUUUAAGAGCUGUAUAUUAUUCUGCUUUUUACGUUGAGUUUAUAAAAUUUUGACCUAAUGCAAAUUUGCUAAGAUUUGUCUGAAUUUAUAUUGUUUUAGGUUACAAAGAGUGAAGGACAUUACUUUUGUCAUAACUUUUUUCAAAAGACAGCUAACAACGUGAAUUUUGAUGUGGUUAUAGAGUACUAUCUUCUGUAACUUUUCUUCAAAAGACUUUACUAUACUCACAAAAUUGUUUAAGUUACAGUAAUUAUUCCAUACCUCUAUUCUUUAAGCUAAAACAUAAUUAUUUUACUUUUUAGUGAAAGCCGUGUUUUUGGGAAGACUAUUAAAGCAAUACGAAGAGGAAACUGACGAGAUCUCCGACGUGGUUUGUAUAGAAGCAGCACGAGUUCCGAUCAUUACCUUCAAAUUCAAUCAUAUCUCUUGUGAUCUGUCUUUUACCAAUAUUUUGGGUAUGAGAAAAGCUGAUUUAUUGAAACUUACUACAGAAGAUCACCCUGGUAGGCUUUUUAUGCUUGUUUUUCUUAUUUUUGAUAUUUUAAACGGCGUUUUUUGGUCAAAUUUGCAUCAAAACGCUAUGUGGACGAAGUGUCACAAAAAUUAUCGGGUUUUGGUGGUUUUUGAGUUGAUUAGGUCUAAGUAGUAGUUAAAAUGGCAUUUUUGGUUAAAAUUACUAUGUUUUUCUAUCUUGACGAAAUGUCACAGAAAUUAUUGAAUUUUUAACAAUUUUGCUAUUGAGCAAAAGUGGUUAAGCUUAUCUUAAAAUGUGGUCUAAAAUCUAUAAUAACGUUUUUAAAGGUUUACAAUUUUCAUUUUUAUUACGAUUUUAGAGCUAUCAAACACGUUGUUCUUCAUCAGGACCUGGGCUAGAUGUGCUGGUAUUUUCAAGUCCACCGAACGGCCGGUCGGCUGUUUUUCAUCGUACGCAUUCUCCAUCUUGUUCUUUUGCUAUUGUCAACAUUCAAAAGUUCUUGGACCGCUGGAAAACAACGAACCAAUCCAGGGAAUUGCUGAAGGCACUAAAUUGACUUAUAUUGGUGGAUAUCAUGGUGGAAUCAAGGAUUUUGUCAUUGUAAGUGGAAUAUAAUUGAUGGUUUUUGAAAUUUAGGUUUAAAUUGGGUAUAGGUAUAGUAAAGUUGUUUUGAUAUUGCUGGUUUUUACCUUAAAGUGGAUAUAUUAGAGUAUAAAAAAGUUUUGUCGUUUUUGAACGUGAAUGUCAGUGUAAAUUGGCGAGAAGACUUUUUGAUGUGUAAAAAAAUGUUAUAGCCUAAGGCUAAUUUACAAUUUUUAGGGCUUUUUUGAAUUCUGCCUGAACGUCUACAAAGCCGAUCAAGUUCUAUGCCCAAUGACAGCUCAAAUCAUACCAAUCAAGGAGUUUCAAGCACCUGCCGGCUGGUACGGCCAAGGAGGCUUCAGAGUCAGCGACGUAUCCAAUAUUCAAGAUCCAAUCGAAACUGGCCAUAACAUUACCUCAAGUGUCACAAAAGAAAACCUGGAACGGUUCCUAGAUAGAGCCAGGGAUGUUGUAGAAGCUUUGAUGAACUUGGAUGGAGAACAUGGCAUUGCUAAGGAGAUGUUUAAUGUUCUGAGGCAAAGAAGCUCAAGAGUUGUCAGUCCGGCUUUGGAGAAGAUGCAGAUUGAUUAG